UGUCGCGCCGUUGUUACGUCUAGCGCCGGCCUCAUCAUUCCGCGAAGCGCGAGCUUCAAGUACUUCGACGGCGUCGGGCUUGCCGAGAUGAGCGGCGGCAGCGGCGGCGGCGGUGGCGGUGGCGGUGGCAAUCAAGGCGGCAACGCUAAUGCUACGACCUAUCAUCAGCACCAGCAGCAACAGCAGCAGCAACAGCAACAACAGCAGCAACAGCAGCAACAACAGCAACAGCAGUCGCAACUGGAGCAGGCUGGUCUGCUGUCUGAUCUCAAUGGCAUCGAUCUGGCGAUGAGCCUGUCGCCCAAACAGCAUUCAUCCCACGUACAAACAGCCGGUGGUGCUCACACGACGCCGUUCAGCGUUACUGAUAUCCUGUCGCCGAUCGAGGAGUCUUACCGGAAGCUCGAGCUAGCCGCCGCCGCCGCUGCCGUCGGUGUCGGCGUUGUCACGCAUUCCCAGGCCUCGCCCUACGGGAACGCUUGCGGUGCACGGGUGGGCGGCAACACCGGUAGCUCGAGCGCGAGCAGCGGCAGCCCGCCGUUGCACGGCGGCUCGACGCCCGGCGGCAGCACCCCCGGACCGGUUUCCUCCGUUGCCAACGGGGCCAUCCCCGGCGGCGGCGGUAGUGCCGGCGGCGGCAGCGGCGGUAGUGCCGGCGGCGGCAUGAGCAUGGGUAAUCCUUACGCCACUAUGCAACUUACGUCGCAAUACCAGUACUGUGCCGCGGAAUUGUCGCCGUACCAUCACGCCGGGCCCGGCGUCGGCGCCACGGCUACGGCAGCGGACCCCAUGCGGUCCCACGCGGUGUCGUCGCAUCACCAUCCUUGGUACGCACCGGCGCCACCGGCCACCAACGACCCGCGCUUCGCCAUCUCGCGACUAAUGGGCGCCGCGGCGGCGGGCGCCGGGACCAAUAUGGCCGGCUGCUCGGUGGGCCAGUCGAUGGGCGACGUGACCAAGUCAUCGGGGAUGGGGGUGGGCGUCGGCGUCGGGGUCGGCGUCGGCAUGGGCGUCGGCGCGAUGCAGUUUCCCCUCGCGCAGAGACGGAAGAGACGCGUGCUCUUCACCCAGGCCCAGGUUUACGAGCUCGAAAGGCGAUUCAAGCAGCAAAAGUACCUCAGCGCACCCGAACGGGAGCAUCUGGCGUCUUUAAUUCAUUUAACGCCUACGCAGGUGAAAAUAUGGUUUCAAAAUCAUCGGUACAAGUGCAAGAGGCAAGCAAAGGAGAAAGCUAUGGCCGAGCAAAACGCCCAAAACCAGAGCGCGAGUUCGCCGCGACGGGUUGCGGUGCCGGUGCUGGUGAAGGACGGCAAGCCGUGCGGGAGCGGCGGUGGCGGCGGGAACGAGGGUAGCCGCGGCGGGCCCAGCGCGGCCCUAGCGAGUCCGGCGCCGCACAUGACCGCGGCCUCGAGUCCGCACGGCACUCACCAUGCGGCCGCCUCGUCCCAUCACUCGGUCGUGGCCGGCGUCAGCCACGUGAUGAGCUCGAGCCAGAGUCUCCAGCACUGCUCGUACACGCGAGCCGGCGCCCAACAGGGUAUGCAGCAGCAACAGCAGCCGCAGUGCGGCGCGUAUCUGCCGUUGCAGGGCCGCGCCUGGUAGUGCGCGCCAUCCGCGGCGGGGGCCGCGGCCUACGCCGCCAAUCCCUCCGUCGCAGGCCCAUGGGCCCUCGCCGCGGAUCCGGCCGCUUGGUAUGCCAUACCCGACGACAGUCCUUAGAAGAGGGAGAGUGACUGACGCGACUGAUCGUCGAAUCGUACGCAGCAGCACGGGCCGCAUCGCGGAAACGGACGAUGCCAUCGGGAUGAACCCGAGCCUCGUUUCCGCCGCAUCCGGUUCAUCAUGCGUCGCAGAUCGUCUGAAGUGCCUGCGGCAGCGAUCGCGUACCCCUUUCUAUCUGCUUGAAAGACUUGCCCGUAAGCUGCGCUCCAUCACACGAUUACAAGGAGGAUAAUCUAUCAUUGGACGCGUGUAUACCUUUCGCGCUAACCGUGCGACGUUACAGCAAUCGACAAUCGAUGAUAUCAAGGGUAUAUGCUCAGUGAUUGUAGAGACUAUUAAAGUGUGAUAAUUUGCAAUUAUCUAUGGUCAAUAAAGUACGCGCUCUCAUGGUGGAGAAUCGGGCCGAUUGAUCGGUGAUAUUACGAUGAGAACACUCCAAAUCGGGAUUAUCGUACAUCGAUACAGUAAUCGAGCCACGUGGUUUUAUAUCUGUCAUCGCCGCGAGAUCGCGAGCGUUCGUUUUGCGAAGCUCUAGCUUCGGAUCAACAAUCAGUUUGUACGAAAAAAGACGAAUGCCUGCUGCAUCUUGCAUUCCGAAGGAAGCAGACACUAUGAAUCUUUCCGCAGAGAAAUCGACGGAAGAAAGUCUCGCGAAGAAGAAGCACGGAAAUCUUGGUGAUGUAUUUUCUUGUUACGCAAAGACUACACGUAUUUUAUGUAAUGACACAUUUCCCAAACAACGCACUUUAUUUAUUUAAAAUGUCAGUUUCCAGGUCGUUCGAUAAAUUAAUAAACAAACUUAUGAGAUGACAAAAGGUUGUAAAAAAAUGAUACCAACGAUGUAUUCUGAUAACGAUUAGUUAGAAUCAGAUGGGAAGAGGUAAUAGUCGCAUUCGGGAAGAAACUCAAUGAUCGUACAAUCAUCGUGUAGCUGCAAAUUUCUUUUAUUAACUGAACAACAUUAAACUUUCUGCAUUCAUAGUAAAAUAAACACACAUAUUGGGAGAAAAGAAAAAAAUGUAGAAACCACAUAAAAAGCCUAAUUAAAGCUACACAGCUAAACAGCCUUUAAACGAGACGACGAAAAUAAAUCAUAUAAUAAAAUCAUACAAUAUAACAACACUAGAAAUAUUUUCAAAAUUAAAAAAUUCAAGAAAAGGAAUGUUAAAUAUAGUUAUGCAAAAUAUUGCAAUAUAAUCUAUUCCCUUUGUUUACGUUUCUCUCGAAUAAUUUGACGUCAAUGUUUUUUUUUACGCGACAAAGAUUUAUUCGAAUAUCACUUUUGCUUAAGACACGAUACACAUUUCAACAUUCCAAUAUUGUACAUUUUAAUUAAAGAAAUUAGUUUUCUCAAAACAAUAUGCAUUUGUCGGUCUGUACGUCAGUGCUUAGUUCAGUUUUCACUAAAGAAGGAUCAACCUCAAAAAUUUACCAAUGCAAUUACAUGAUAAGUGCACGAUACAUUGUUGCUUUACAAUGUCAAAUUUCAGUAUUUAAAGACGGAAU